AUGAGCCACCAACGGUCCGCCUGUGAUCGCUGCAGGGCUCAGAAACUCCGCUGUCCACGGAGGGAUCAGCCCAGCAGAGAGCCCUGUUCCAGGUGCCUGAAAAUCGGUGUCGAAUGUGUUACCAGCAGCGCGCGACCCCUAGGACGACCUCGAAGAGCAGAAGUGGCUGGAAGACACACCAGAUCCAUUAAGACAAGAACUACGGCACUUGAAGCAAGGGGCACGGGAUCGACUUCUUCAUGUCUGUCAUCGACCACGGAGAACAUACAGGCGCAUCCUGAUUUGGGCACGCCUGGGAGGCUGGAUUCAUACCCGAACUAUCUUCAAUCCCCGUCCUACGAGACCACCUCCCAUUUUGAAGAUCCAUCACAAAGCUCGCAAUUUGGCGUAAAUGUAGGACACGCUUUCGAUCUGCAACUAGGGCUCCACGAUGACCUUUUCACCCUCGGACCGGAAACGGAACUUUUCCAAUGCUCACAACAUACCUUUGGCCUGCCAGCUACUGCCGAAAAUCAUAUACCCGGGCCAUCAUCAAAGCUGCUCGAACCCGCAGACACUCUCACCGCCCUGUCUAGAUUGAACGAAGAUAUCGUCAGGCAGGUGUCUAAUGUCGACGUGUACAUCUGGGGCGCGGCAAAUGCAGGGCAGGAUUGUCUCGAAAGGUUUCACCAAGUUGAGGGAAAUCCUACGGCCGAGAUGCUACAGAGUACUUCCCAGUUUGUGAAUAUUCUCGAAGACUUGGCCGCCUCGUCGAAAUCGCCCAACAAAUCUAUCGCCAGGUCUGUAGAGCUCGGAUCUACUGCGUCGGACUCGGGUAUUUCAGACUUCCGCCAAAGACACAUCUCGCCGCCUGCGUUGCCUUCAUCAGUUCAUCCACCAUCCACAAACCCAAGUUUAUUGAGCACUCCAGUGGUGCUAAUGCUCCUGUCAAGCUAUCUUCUGCUUUUAGAGCUCUACAAUGCAGUUUUUCGCCGCGUGCACGAUGCUCUGUCGAAGCUGGGAGACAUACACAGCUUCCUGCAGGCCUUACCUGAGGUUCGAGUGGCUGGCCUGCCAUCAAUGAAGACACAUCUUUACGCCAAGAUUAUUAUCCAAAUCAUUGAACAUCAUUUCGACCAGCUUGAACGUCUUUUGGGCCUUCCCAAGGAAUUUGGCCUCUCCGGACGCACGCCGGAUUCGAAAGGGUUACUAAGUACGACGGACCUAUCUCAACUUCUACGUGUGGCCAUGACGCAGACGUCAGGAAAGCCUGGCUCUUCAGGCAUCUCCACGCUGAAAUCGUUCAAAGCUAGUCUGAGAGGUCUCCGGGGCAUGUUCCUCGGAUAG